UAAGUGCUCAGCUUGGCAAAAGCAUGCAUCAUGUUUCGGUGAUGAAUGAAAACAUCGCAGUUUCGUCAUCUUCCCCAUCAGCUCUAAACUCGAAAUCCUCAGCACUGUGUGUAGUUUCUCCUCCAUGUCUCUCCACAGAUCUCCAGACUCCUGGGAUGAUGCACCUUACCGAAGAAGUGAGAGUGGGGAUGAUGACGAGAGAAGGCUUAAGAGAAGAGAGAAGAACCGCGUGGCUGCACAGAGGAGCCGCAAACGCCAGACCCAGAGAGCUGAUGAGCUUCAUGAGGCUUAUGAGUGCUUGGAGCAGCAAAACAGUUUGCUGAAGAAGGAGGUUCAGCUGCUCCUUGAGGAACAGAGAUGCCUGACAGAGGCUCUCAAAUUACAUGAGCCUCUGUGUCCCGUCCUAACAACCAACGUACCCCCAACCCCAAGAACCACUGAAGGAGUUCCGCCCUGAGUUCAUAUUGAAACCAGACAAUAGGUAUAAUUUCCUGGCUUCCUUAUAUGGAUGGACAUAUUGUCACCUCUGAUCAACGUUGUUAAAUACAUUUAUGUUUUAAUAAAUAUUGUACAGUUUUCCUGUUGAUCAACCCUUUCAGAUAUUCUUUCUUUCUUUUUAUUUAAUGACUUGGUCAUCAUAUUAAAACUGAUUGAGUAUCUGAUCACAGGGUCAAUGGUACUCUCCGACAGAGUUGUUUACUUUUCUAUGAAUGUCAAAACAGUGUUUAGGAGCCAUGACACAUCGUAAUUUGAUUUCAUUUUGACCUGGAAGGAAAUUGUGCCAACUUGAUAUACUUAAACAUGUGAAAAGAAGAUUAUAUUUUGGUUCUAGUAGACCACUUAACCACUAAAUGUGUUUGGUACACCACUCUGCAGUUUGGAGGAGUGCCAUGAGACUGAACACUUCUGCUUUAGACGACAUCCUGCUUUACCAAAAAUACCCUUUUAGGUUUCAGGAUUUCAUGUUGACUGUGAUGCAAUGAUGACCGGAAUUUGUACAGGCAUUAGAACAUACAUUACACAUGACUGUUUUCAUCUGUAGCUGCUUAUUUUGUGUUGGGGCACAGGCAAGCUGGAGCCUAUCCCACGCUCCAUGUAUUACGUGUCACAUGUAUGUGUUUGUAUAUGUUUUAUGCAAGCUAUAGAAUGUAUUUUACAUCCAUGUGAUGUGAUGGAUCAACUGACCAUAGAGAGAAGCAGCAAAACUACAAUAGAUA